AUGGUUUUCGGUGUGAGAAAGGAGUACAGAGCACCUGAUCUGUCCAGGUAUGAUUAUUACUACGAAAACCUCGGUCAAAACUACAACAAGAGUAACAGGCUCUCGAGGGAAGCAGCUUCCGCUUCCCUGUAUCACAGACAGAAUCAAACGAAAAGGACUCAAUCUUUGACUAAUGAAAGUGCUUACGUUCAAAAUGUAAAGAAAUUUGUUUCUGCUAAUAAAGGAAAAGCUAUCAAACGUAAAGACGCAACAAGAAGAUCAAAUUCAAUGGUGAAUCAACCAAUGUCGAGGACAAAUUCAAUUACAACUCAAAUUACCAAAGUUAAGGAUCAACAGGGAAGAACAAAAUCUAUAACGAAGAGAACGGUGAAGCGAAUUAAUGGGUACGAAUACAUCGAGACUGUUACAACAACAACCGAUGUUAAACCGUUGAAAGACGGACAUGCAAUAAAUCAAGAUCAUUUUAACGAAUUUAGUGAUAAUUUUAUCCGUGACGAAGCCAGUAACGUGAUCGAAGAAGAAGACGAAGAACCUGAAGUCCUCAGCGCAGAGGCUUUUGCUCCAGAUAUGAAUAAUCCUUAUCUCGAUGAUGUGGAAGAUGAAUCCUUCGUAGAACCACGGAGUGAAAGGCAUGUCAAUCGCCCAUCAACGCCUUUGGAUCAAAUAAGUAGUGUUUCCAAAUUUUCAGAUGCAAAAGAAUAUAUUAAUCAGACACCAGUAAGGAAAACGGAGAAAGUUCCAAAUAAGAAGGUCGUACAAAGGCGUGUACAACGGGAACCACAACGUCGUUCUGUCAAACCAAUGUCAGAGCAGGAAAUGUACUUGCAUGCCCUUGAAGUUGCAAAGCAAAAAGUCUAUCAAAAUGGUUAUACGAAUGAAAAGCCAGCUUCACAACCUAAGAAGAGUGUAAUGGGCAAAAGAAUGACUUUAAGAUCUCCACAGCAGCAGCAACAACAGCCGGUUAGAAAAGCUUCAACACCACAACCGGUUAAAAAGAUACCAACACCACAACCUCAAUCUAACAAACUGUCGGAUGAAGAAAUGUAUGCCAAAGCUUUGGAAAUUGCCCAAAAGAGGUACAACGAAUCUCAUGACGUUUAUCAGAGAUCCUCAGAAGAAUUUACAAUGAAGCAACAUGAGAAUAUAGAAAAAAAAAUAGAAGACGUAGAAUUACGUGAAAAAGCAGCACCUGUACUUUCAACAAAAGAUACUACACCAAAUAAUAUUCCUUCAUCUUCCACCUCUAACAAUAAUGGCCAUAAUAAAUAUGAUAGCCUUGAAUCUAACGUGCAUACAAUGCCAUCGCCCUUACAAACAUCUAAUAUUGCCCCUGAACCACGACUUGAGCCCAUAUCGAGAAAACAAACUUCCGGAAGUAAUAGCACGAGUCAUCAUAGCAAAUUCAGAAGUAUGUUUGACAAAAUAGUGCAGUUCUCAAAUGAAAAUUCAGGUUAUCAACCUUCUAAAAAGGAGAAAAUGAGAUUAGAAGAGGAACUGCCUGAAAUCACAACGGUUGCUUCUUCUCAUGGCGCAACGACAACUCUACCGGUUGAACAAGCAUUGUCAGUGUCCUCUUUCACUAGACAAAACAGGCCCUCCACGGUCACUAAUCAAACAACAACAACAAGUAUUUUCACUAAUAAGCCGGAGGUCAUUUCACAGAGUGAUAAUGAAAACGAACCUGUGGUAAAGAAAGCAAGUAACGGCAAAAAGGGUAAAACAAGUUUCAUAACAAAAUUAUUCAGGCGUCAUAAACAGACGAUGACAAAUUAA